UGACCAUUGCUGUGUCCCAAGGUCAUGUGAUCCCAUUUUGAGCCCUUCUAACAAGCAAAUGGCGAAACGAGAUUCACUUCACAACCAUGUUCUUAACUACAGUGAUUUACUUAACAACUGUGGCAAAAAUCGUAAAAUCGGACAAAGCACACUUAACAACAGAAAUUUUGGGCUCAAUUGUGAUGUUAAGUCGAGGCCUAUCUGUAUUCUCUCUAGAGUAGUGUUUCUUAACCUUGACAGCUUUGAUAUGAGAAGACUUCAACUCCCAGAAUUCCUCACCCAGCAUGAAAUUGGUCCUGGCAACUUAUUUUUAAGGUUGAGAAAAACUGCUCAGAAAACAGAAAUGACAGCAGUAAUUUAAAACAGACAUCACAAGGAGCAGAAGUAUUUAAAAUUGACCAAGAAACGACAAAAUAAACCCAAAGCCAGGUGAAUGCAAAAAAAAAAAAGAGAUUAAAUUAAACCUGGUCAAUUGAGCCCCGUUUUCGCAGCCUUUGCGCUCUCUUCAGUGCUCAAGACCACCUAACUCUAAGACAACUGCAGCGACUACCCAACGGCAGCACCAGUCGCAGCUUUAUCCCCAAAUAUCGCGGAGCACGCGAUAAAGAGACGGCAGGAAGCUGCCGCGGCCUCCGCCUCCUCCUCCUCCUCCGCCAGGCAGAGCGGUGCGCUCGUCCGCUUUCAAGCAAAGCAGCAAGUAUGGUGGCACCGGAUUGUCGGGGUCGCUCGGCCGCCUAUCUCGGAGGGGCGCUUAUCGCACUCCUUGUGUCGGGCUUAGCUCAGCCCCACGAUAUAUCCAGACGACCUCUGUGGAACUUGAAAAUGGAUCAAGCUUUAUUACGAAUUCAUAAUGAAUUGCUCAUUGACAACUUGUCCAUUUAUUGGGUCUCAGAUUAUUGUUAUGAGUGUUUGCAACAGGAGCUGAUUUCUGUCGAGAUGAACAGAACGUCCAAAGAAACUCACUUUGUAGCUGUUGAUACCCAGCAUUCUCUCACACUGAUGGUCAAUAAUUUUAAAGAAGGAAAAGAACUGUGCAGGAUUCAUUAUCAUUUUGGAGAAUAUGGAAACUAUUCCUUAAGAAUUAGGCAUCUCCAGAGUAACAUCAUGUAUGUUACAUGUGAUAUAGUUAUCAGUCAAAGUCCUCUCAACAGCUAUCUCCCUAUUUUAUUUGCAUUUCUCAUCUACAUGGGUAUUUUCAUUAUUCUGAUGAUUGGACAGAUUUGCAUAAACACUGAACCAGUAAGAAAUUGGUUCUUCAAAAAGAUGGAUCCUAGAGAAACUGAUCGACUUAUUAAUUCAGAGCUUGGAUCCCCAAGCAGAAUAGAUUCCAUUGGUGGUGAAUUCCCAAUAGGGGUAUGGAACACUGUUUCCUCUCUACAGAGACUUCGUUCCCUGGAUACCUUCAGAGGUCUUGCACUUACAAUUAUGAUCUUUGUGAAUUAUGGUGGAGGAAAAUAUUGGUUCUUCAAGCAUCAGAGCUGGAAUGGCUUAACAAUUGCAGACCUCGUCUUUCCAUGGUUUGUGUUUAUUAUGGGCACCUCAGUUUCACUGUCCCUCAGUGCCAUGUUAAGACGGGGUUGUUCCAAAUGGCAAUUGCUGGGCAAAGUCUUAUGGAGAAGUAUCCUCCUAUUUUUAAUAGGACUAAUAGUUGUAAACCCAAAUUAUUGCCUUGGACCACUUUCCUUAGAUAAUCUACGAAUUCCAGGUGUGCUCCAAAGAUUGGCUUGCACGUAUUUUGUUGUUGCGAUACUAGAACUGCUCUUUGCCAAACCUGCACCUGAGAACAGUGUUCUGGAGACUUCCUACCCUGCUCUUCAGGAUAUUCUUCCUUAUUGGCCCCAGUGGCUUUUUAUGUUGGCCCUUGAAGGACUUUGGCUGUGCCUCACUUUCCUUUUGAGUGUACCUGGGUGUCCAAAAGGCUACCUUGGACCUGGAGGUAUUGGCAGUUUUGGAAAGUUUCCCAACUGUACUGGAGGGGCAGCAGCUUACAUUGAUCAUUUGAUUCUAGGAGGAAAACAUAUGUAUCAACAUCCAUCUUCUAAUGUGUUGUAUCUUACUACAGUCCCCUUUGACCCUGAGGGAAUUUUAGGAACAAUAAAUUCUGUUCUUAUGGCAUUUUUGGGACUUCAGGGAGGAAAAAUUCUUUUGUUUUAUAAAGAUCAGCAUAAGCAAAUAAUUCUUCGAUUUUGUGCGUGGAGUAUAAUAAUGGGUGUCAUUUCUAUGGUGUUGACAAAAUGCUCAAAAGAUGCAGGCUUCAUUCCAGUUAACAAGAAUUUAUGGUCAAUUUCAUACGUGACAACAUUGAGCAGCUUUGCCUUUAUACUUCUGCUGUUGAUAUACUAUCUUAUAGAUGUUAAGAAGGUAUGGUCAGGUGCUCCAUUUUUCUAUCCAGGUAUGAACUCCAUUCUUGUUUAUGUAGGACAUGAAAUAUUUGAAAACUAUUUUCCUUUUAAAUGGAAGCUGCAUGAUACACAAUCACACAGUGAGCAUUUGACUCAGGAUCUAAUUGCUACAUCUUUAUGGGUUAUCAUAUCAUAUAUACUCUACCGGAAAAGGAUAUUCUGGAAGAUAUAAUUCAACUUAAACCAAAUCAAAAAGUAUGGGCUAUGAGAAUAUUGUAUUCCCCCUCAUCAUAUUAAUGUCACAUUUUUCCCCGAAGGAUUCUGUAUUUGGUUUACAUUCCAGAUUAUUUUGAACUGAAAUCUGUAUAUUUAGUUCACCUUCCAUUUAGUAAAACAAGACUUUGUUCAAACUUUAUUUUCUACAUUAUUCAAUUUCUAAAUAAACAUACUGAAUGCUUUCUAA